AUGGCUCAGUUUCUGCGAGGCAAGCAGGCUGGUAUUCAAAAGGACCUGUCUGAGGGCUUGUCCCCAGAGCUCUUUGCGCUCGACGACUUCGAACGAUGCGGUGUGAACUCGCAGAUUAGUGUGAUAGCGUAUGAACCAGUACAGUCCCUUCUCGCCGUCGGCACCAGUGAUACCCAGUUCGGAAGUGGCCAGAUCUAUGUGUUUGGACAGGGGCGAGUGUUGGUGGUCUUUGAGUUUCCCCGCAAAGCUUCAGCGAAGUUUCUUCAGUUCUGUGCCGACAAGCUUGUCAGUAUCGACUCAAAGAAUGAGAUCAGCAUAUACUCCUUGGAUACUCGGCGUCUGGUGACCUCGUAUGCGCCUCCGGGUCAAGCCACAUGCCUUGCGACGGACCCAAGCCUUGAUUACGCCUUCAUCGGUCUAUCGAAUGGUGACGUGAUCGCGUACGAUCUAGACCGAGAGUCCUUGACUGCUUUCAAGAUCCCGAACCUCUGGCUGGCACAGAACCCAAGGUCCCGCCUCUGCCCUGUGGUGUCGCUCGCAUUCUCUACUAGAGACAUUGGAAAGAUCCUAGUGGGAUACCCGGAAGGUGCAGUGACAUUCACCUUCAAGCAAAACAUUGCGCAAAAGUACUUUAUCUAUGAGGUCCCUGUCGGCGCGCCAGGUGGCGACCCUGGUAGGCCUUCCAGCGGCGUGCGCAGGCCCCGACUGAUUGAUGCGAUCUGGCAUCCGAAUGGGAUUUUUGUUCUGACUGUCCACGAGGACACUAGUCUUGUCCUUUGGGAUUCGAAGGACGGCCGCAAGCUCCAUGCUCGAACACUCCAAGCUACCAAUGUUGAUCAACCAGGCGGGGGCCGGCCAGACCCGGAGCAAGCAACGGGGCCUAAGGAGCCUAUCACGAAAGUAUCGUGGUGCGCUAAAGAAAAUCCAGAUGAUACAGGUCUUUUGGUUGCAGGCGGAAAGUCUGCCCAGGAUGUGAACAAGGGCCUCACGUUCUUGGAUAUGGGACCGACCCCUAAUUAUCAGACAUCCUCUUGGCAGGUUAUUUCCGCUUAUUUUGAGAGGACGAGGAAACACAUCAGUCUCCCAAUCCCACCCGGUGCGAUGGCCACGACCUAUUGUUUGAUUCCUCGAUCUUCGCCAUACUUCGCUGGGGCCCACGACCCAAUCGCUAUCCUUGCUGUCCUCUCCUCGGGCGAAUUACUUACCAUGAGUUUCCCAAAUGGCCAUGCAAUUACGCCAACUAACAUGCUCCAUCCUUAUCUGACAUUCGUUCAUCCAUUCGUCAACAAGGUCACACUCACACCUGUUUCUCGUGAUACCUGGCUAGGGCUAAGAGAGCGCCGGGCUCAAGGCCCUAAGUUCGUCUUCGGCGGUGCCGAGGCGAGGAACCCUCUCAAACGCUACGAGGGCCGAAACAUAAUUUCUACUUCUCACGCAGAUGGUACCAUUCGCAUCUGGGAUGGCGGCCAUGACGAUGAGAUUGAAAAUUCCGAAACGAUUCAAGUAGACUUGGCUCGGGCAGUGGGCCGGGUUCGCAAUAUCGAAGUGACCGAAAUGUCACUUGCGGCAAGCGGGACAGGCGAAUUGUCUGUUGGGCUGGCAAGCGGCGAACUUGUUAUUUUCAGAUGGGGCAACAAUGCCUCGUAUGGCCAAGAAGAGGCCCCUGGUGCCAAUCAGGGCCCUGGACGCUUGACACCCAUCACUAACCGGACUGACCCUGGGUUGAAGACGGGCAUGCUGCCUCUCACCCUCCUGGAUAUGCAGCAGGGGCCCGUGACAGCGUUGAAACACAGCCCAGUCGGCUUCGUCGCUGCUGGCUACGAGGGUGGAGGCCUGGUAAUUCUAGAUUUGCGAGGCCCUGCCAUCAUUCAUAUUGCACAAAUCUCCGAUUUCUUGAAGGCACCGAAGCGCAGCAGUUUCCGGAAGCCAAGUCGUUCGGAUAGCAUGCCAGCUGAGUGGCCUACUCACAUCGAGUUUGGCGUAAUGACAUUGGAAAGCGAAGAUUAUUCGAGUAUUUGCUGCUUUGUCGGCACAAACAGGGGGAACUUAGCCACCUUCAAGAUUCUUCCGGGUGCCAAUGGAACAUACUCCGCAGGCUAUGUCGGAGUUACCAACGUUGAGGACAAGGUCAUUAAAAUAAUCCCCAUUGAUGCGGAGUCUGGUGGCCAAGCCCUUGCCACACCGAAUACAGUUGGUGGUUUGAGAAAUGGUGUGAGGAUUAACGGUGUUGUCAUUGCUGUUACAGUGUCCGGAUGCCGGAUCUUCAAGCCACCAACCGCUAAGGGCGCACACAAAACAUGGGAUGAUUACCUCUGUGAUUCAGCCCAAGUGGUCAAGACUGAGGGCCGAGGCUACAGCUUAGUUGGGCUCUUCGGCGAUGGAAAUGUCCGUGCAUUUUCUAUCCCAGCCCUCAAAGACAUUGGAUCCAAGAAUAUCAGCCAUCUCGCUGACAUGCGUCGCCUUUCGGAAGCAUGCAUUACCUCUACUGGCAGUGUGAUGGCAUGGGUGGGACCUUCGCAAGUCAGCCUAUUUAACGUAUGGGGCAAAGGAACUACAUUGAGUCCCUCGCAAGAUCGUCUUUACGACUCAGAGAAAGUCAUUCCUCCACGCCCUACAAUAACCAAUAUUCAGUGGAUCUCCGGUACCCAAUAUGUGUCACCCACCGAUAUGGAUAUUCUGAUCGGAGGCCCAGACCGUCCCCCUUCAAAGCGAAUGCUCGAACAGAUGAGGCUUACCGAGGAAGAACAGCGCAAAGCCCUCCGAGAAGGCCGCGCAGCCCCACCUCAACAAGGUAACCAGGAAGGCUGGGGGUCAUAUAUGUCUCGCCAAGUUCAGGAGCGCACAGAGCGCCUUGGAAUGGUAGGCGACACAAUGGAUCGCCUGGAGGAGAACAGCAGUAACUUCGCCACAGAUGUGGGCAAGUAUGUGCAAAACCAAAAGAAAAAAGCUAUCUUUGGCGUACUUGGGUCGAAAUUCGGGCUCUAG